UGUCCAACAACUGUAAUCUACUCUAUCAAUGCUUUGGAUCCUGAAAGGAAGGGAAGGGGGAAGAGAAGGGAAACAGCAUCUAUGCCCUCUUCAGAAGCCUGUCUGUCUGUCUUCCCCUCCCUCCAUGCCACCCAACUCCUCUGCCCUUUAACACUGCAACCUUCAUCUCCCUUCCUUUGGCCCCAUUUAUUACAGUUCAUGUGUUGCUCACUGUUGCCACACCAAACACCAUUCUGGGUUGCCUUCUCUCUUACUCUAUUAGUCCACUGUGCACUCUCUGUAUUUUUACUGCUUGAACUCUGAUCCCAAUGCACAGAUACACACUCUCCCAGUGCUAUCUUAGCAGAGCAGCAAAACCUUGCAUUACUUAACAGCAAAACCACACUAACACAACUAACAAAAGCUUUAGCAAUAUAGUGUGCGUCUCUGUAAGAGAGAGAGAGAGACAGAGACCGGUCUCUUCUCUCUUAGAUGCAAAUCCUCUCUCUCUCUCUCUCACACACACACACACACACAAGCAUACACUCUACUCUGCUUCACACUCUUCUUUGUUUCCUCUCAUUCUUAUAAUUCUCCUCCUCCGAGUAGUGCUGGAGUCCGGUGCUCCGCUGGUUGCGUAACCCCCUUCCCGUGCUUCCGAUUGCUAUAAUUCGAGAGGGAAGCCGGAGAUCGAGGUAGGGCGGCGAGAUCGAUGGUGGCCGCGGUCCCGGCAGCUGCCACCAACACCGCCGCCGCUUCCCGGAAUGCUCCCCGCCACCAUAAGAACACUUCGCCGCCUCCCCAUCGUGAUGAUCUCCAGAACCCUCGCCGCUCGCCACUGAUCCCCUCCGAAAAGGACAAUGCUGCUGCCGGCACGAGGCGGCCUCGCGUCAAGGAGAUCACUUCCCGGUACCUCUCGUCUUAUAGUUCCUCCUCGUCCUCUACCUCCACCUCAUAUUCCACCGCCACUACCUUCUCUUCCUCGAGCGCUUCGUCCGGCUCGCGGCGCUUCCCGUCGCCGCUGGUGACCCCCCGGUACUCCACGCCGAUGGCAUUGCCCCAAUCGACUGCUCAGAAGCGAUCCCUCUCCGUAGAUCGGGCUCGGCCUUCCACGCCGCAGACCGAUCCCCGCCCGACCCCGGCGGAGCCCUCUGCCGCCGCGCGCACCCUCUGCAAGACGACGCGGAGCCUCUCUGUCUCGUUCCAGGGGGAGUCCUUUUUCUACCAGACUAGCCGCGCUAGGGCGGUCUCCCCCAGCCCCUCCCGAAAGCCUACUCCCGAGCGGCGGCGAGCUAAUGCUUCUCCCGCCGCUCCAGCGAAGGCGGGUGACAAUUUGGAGAACUCUAGGCCCUUUGACAACCACCACCGAUGGCCCGCCUCCAGAGCCCGGCCGUCAAAUCCGUCGAUGAGGAGCUCGAAUUGUUCAUCUGAGAAGAAAGAACCGAUCUUGGCCACCGUCAGGUUGCUCCAGCAGUCGAUGAUGUUUGAUGAUAGUGCGAGAAGGGCUUCGUUUGAUGGCGGUGAUCUCUCAGCUUCAUCCGAUACUGAUAGUGUGUCCUCUGGCAGCAAUUCUGGGGCGCUAGAGUUCAGUGUGCCUCCCAGGGCAAAGGUGACUUCCCGGGGAAUCAGUGUCCCAGCAAGAUUGUGGCAGGAGACAAACGGCCAGAUGCGCCGCUAUCCUGAAACUUGUUCUCCACUAUCUUCGCCAGAUUCAAGACCAAGGAUGGGGGUGGUCAAGAAAUUGUUGGUGGAUAGCCCAUCGUCUUCUCCGAGGUCUGUUUCUUCACCACUCCGUGGACCCAUGAGACCUUCUUCCCCGAGUAAGCUUGUGGCUUCACCAUCAAGGGGUAUGGCUAGUCCUUUGCGGGCAAGGAGUAAUGUAUCGAUGAGCACCUCUCCUGUUUGUCAACCAGGCAAUGCACCUUCGAUUAUAAGCUUUGCUGCUGAAGUUCGGAGAGCAAAGAAGGGGGAGAAUAGAAUUGAGGAGGCUCACACGUUGAGGCUGCUCGAUAACCGGCAUUUACAAUGGCGAUGUGUUAAUGCCAGGGCUAAUGCUGCACUGCUAGUGCAGAAACUAACUGUAGAGAAAAACUUAUAUGAUGCAUGGAUAACUACCUCAAAGUUGCGUGAUUCCAUCACUAUUAAAAGGAUCAAGCUACAAAUUCUGACACAGAACUUAAAGCUAAUUUCCAUUCUUAAGGAGCAAAUGGUCUAUCUGGAGGAGUGGUCUCUCAUGGAGCAAGACCAUUCGAGCUCAUUAUCAGGAGCUACUGAAGCAUUGAAAGCUAGCACACUCCGUCUUCCCAUAGUUAACGGAGCCAAGGCAGACAUCAUUGAAGUUAAAGAUGCUAUUGGUUCAGCAGUUGAUAUGAUGCAAGUAAUAGGCUCUUCAAUUUGCUCUCUGCUGUCAAAGGUAGAAGGAACGAGUAACUUGGUGUCUGAAAUUACAAAUGUGGCUGCACAAGAGCGGGUGCUUCUUGAUCGAUCGAGAUCUCUCUUGUCCACUGUAGCAGCAUUGGAUGUAAAGCAUUGUAGCCUGCAAGGGCAGUUAAUACAGCUAAAAGGAAAAGCCAGCCAGAUACAAACACAGAGCAGAUACUUUUACCAGCCUUGUGAUCACUAACAUCACAGCAAGCUCUUCUUUUUCUAACUGGAGAGUGGCAAAAGAAAUAAAGCAUGAAUGAAGUAUUGGUUUGCAUGGUGGAAAGCUAUUACUACCUGUCUAUCCCUGGCUGAUUUGUGUAUUUUCUUUUGUUCUCUCUCUCUCUCUCUCUCUCUCAACCUUUUUUUUCUUUAUGGGUUAUGUGUAUCAUCACCAUAUUGUUGGCCUCUUUCGCAGCAGGAAUUAGAUUGCCUUAGUACAUAAUGCUAAUCAAAGAAAAGCUUCUUAUUA